AUGGCGACGAUGAUAACCAAGAAGAGAAGGAAUAAGGGUCAUGACACAAAGGGCCAUGGCCACAUGCAGCCUAUUUGCUGCAGCAACUGCACUCAUUGCAUGCCCAAGGACAAGGCCAUUAAGAAGUUCAUUAUUCCGAGGACCACAGUAGAGGCCACUGCCAUCAGGGACAUUUCCCAAGGUAGUGUCUUCAAUGCCUAUGUGCUUCCCAAGCCGUGUAUGAGACUACAUUUACGCAAGGUAGUCCGGAAUCACUCUCGUGAAGCCCCGAAGGACCGAACACCCCCACCCCAAUCUAGACCCGUGGGUGCUGCCCCACGACCUCGACGAAAACCCAUGUCAGGAGCUAAGACCUUGAGGACCGAAAAAAAACUGUUCUCUGGAAAAAGAUAA